AUGGCGGCGGACGUCUUCAUGCGGUUCCCGGGGGCGCGGGCGCUGGCGGUGCCGGCCCUCUCCCGCCGGGCCGCGCCCGAGGAGGACUCUUCGUCGGACGACUCGGCGGCGGAGGAGGCGGCGGGCUGGCCGGCGGCGGGGGCCCGGCGGGCGCGGGGCGGCGUGGAGGAGGGCGGCGGGCCGGGGCCGGGGCCGGGGCGCGGGGCGGGCGCGGGGCGGCCGGCGGCCCGGGCGGCGCAGAUCAUCCACUCGGGCCACUUCAUGGUCUCCUCGCCGCACAGCGAGCACCCGCCCAAGAAGGGCUACGACUUCGACACCGUCAACGAGCAGACCUGCCAGACCUACCGCUUCGGCGCGGCGGCGGCGGGACGGGCCGGCGGGACGGGCGGCGCCCAGGGGGGCGGCGGCGGCGGCGGCCGCCUCAGCAUCGACGCCUCCCUCACCAAGCUCUUCGAGUGCAUGACGCUGGCCUACAGCGGCAAGUUGGUCUCACCCAAGUGGAAGAAUUUUAAAGGCUUAAAACUUCAGUGCAGGGACAAAAUCCGUCUCAACAAUGCCAUCUGGAGGGCUUGGUACAUUCAGUAUCUAGAGAAGCGAAAGAACCCCGUCUGCCAUUUUGUGACUCCCUUGGAUGGGUCUGUGGAAGUAGAUGAGCACCGCCGCCCUGAGGCUAUUGCAACAGAUGGGAAGUAUUGGAAACGGCGAAUAGAAAUAGUGAUCAGAGAGUAUCACAAGUGGAGGACCUAUUUUAAGAAAAGGUUACAGAAACACAAAGAUGAAGAUCUUUCCAUCUUGGUUCGGGAUGAUGACAUGUUACUGUGGCAUAAAGAAACAUAUGGCCGGGAGACCCCCGUCCCCAUGGAGUUGGACUCCCUCUUCAGUACAGACAUGCUCAUGUCAGAGUUGCCGGACACCCUCUUCUCCACCCUCUCUUCUCACCAGCCAGUUUCCUGGCCAAAUCCCAGAGAGAUAGCUCACUUAGGGAAUGCUGACAUGAUCCAGCCAGGACUUAGUCCUCUCCAGCCCAACUGUAUGGAUACUUUUGAAUUUUUUCAGGACCUCUUCUUAUCCAACCGUUCCAAUAAUUAUACCAUCCCCACCGUUCCUGCUCCUAGUCCAGUCAUGGCAGACACCUGCAGCCAUCCUUCCCAGACCGCAGCACUGGCCUCUGGUCCUUUGCCCAGCCCGCUCCCACCUGUGAACCUCAGCGAAGGGCUUGUUGGCACCUCAGUGCCUGCCGCCAUCAUUCCUGGCGUGGCUGACAUUGGCGCUGACCAGUGCCUCGGCAUGAGGACGGGGGACUCCUUCCUGCAGACACCGGGUUUCAGCGCCGAGCCACCUCUGAGCGGACAGCAGCCGUUCCUGCCUUCAUUCCCAGCACUGGUGCCUCUCCUUCAGCCCCCGCAGCAGGCGCCCUUGCCCCUGGAUGCCAGCGUGCCCUCUCAGGCGCCCUUGUUCGCUUCUUCGGAGGCUCCGGCGCUCGGCCUCUGCAAAUCCUCCGUGAUCACCCACACCGCAUCCGCCACCCCCACACACAACGCUCCCGCCACCACCUUCAGCCACAGCCAGAGCGGCCUGCUGGCAACCCAGCCGCAAGGAGCAGGAGUGCCGUGCGGCCUGACUCUCCGGACUGCUGCCGCCCAGGGGCAGCCUCUGCUGCAGCCCCAGGGCACCUUCGCGCUCCCCUUGGCCAGCGCCGGGGCUAGGCCCAAAAAGCCCCAGAAGAUAGUGCCUGCUCCAAAGCCGGAAACAGUGUCCUUAGUGCUGAAAAAUGCCUUCCUCACCCCAGCUGCCUUUCAGGGUCAGUCUAGAGCUGUGAUUGUCACUCCUGCCCCAAUGAAGAGAGACAACGUUUUGGCCCCAAGGAUCUCCCAGCCCAGUGUUGUAAUUGCCCCAUCUGGAAUGGCCAGAGCACCCCCAACGACAGAGUUCCACGGCAGCAUUCUGCUCAGCCCGGGCCAGCAGACUCCAAGCCCCCAGCCGGGCUCAGCCACUGUUCCUCAUCUCUUCUCUGCUAGUGCUAUGCAGGACGCGUUGGUGAAAGGCGAGCAGGCCCUCCCCCGCCAAACCUGCUCCCAAGGCCCCUCACCUGUCCCCAGCAGAGACUGCCAGCUCUCAGGGCAGGCGUCCCCGUGCACUUCUGAACAAAGUCCCAGUCCCCAGUCCCCACAGAACAACUGCUCAGGGAAAACCACCACUGAUCCUCAUGUGGCUGCUUACAAGACCCGAAGGAUGAAGCAUAUUUCAGCAGAACAGAAGCGGAGGUUUAACAUCAAGAUUGGCUUUAGCACGCUCAAUACCUUGGUGUCUGCAAACUCUAAAUCAAUCAGCCAUGCCCUCACGCUCCAGAAGACCGUGGAAUACAUUGCAAAGCUGCAGCAGGAAAGAUCCCAGAUGCAGGAGGAAGCCAAGCGCCUCAAGGAGGAAAUCGAGGAGCUGAACGCUACCAUCAUUUCGUGUCAGCGGCAGCUCCCUGCUACCGGCGUUCCCAUCACGCGGCAGAGAUUCGAUCAGAUGAGGAGCAUGUUUGAAGAAUACGUCCGAAACAGGACCCUGCAGAAUUGGAAGUUCUGGAUUUUCAGCAUUAUCAUUAAACCCUUGUUCGAAACGUUCAAUGGAAUGGUGUCCACAACCAGCUUAGAGGAGCUGAACCAGACAGCCUUGGCCUGGGUGGACCAGCACUGCUCUCUGCCUGUUCUAAGGCCAAUGGUUCUGAACACCCUCCGACACCUAAGCGUAUCCACCUCCAUACUCUCUGACCCGUCCCAGUUGCCGGAGCAAGCGGCCAAGGCAGUCAGCAAGAUCAACAAAAGAGCUGGAGAAACCUAACUAAACCUAUCCAAAGAUGGCAGAGCCAAGCUCCUUAAGCCUGGGGAGGCGACUCAAUCUCACAAGACCUCAGAACUUCCUUGUGGGCCGUUUGCUGUGAGGCCUUGGCAGCAGGCUGCGAGAUACACGGCAGGAAGAGCUGAUGCCAAGGGACGAUCUUUUGGUGCUGUGCUUAAGGGGUUCAGUCACACGGGAAAGUCAACUCAGGUAAAUAAGCAGGCCAGACACCUGCACCAGCAAUAGAAGCACUCCUUCAAUGCAACGUCACCAAAUCUAUGCAGUGCCGACAUUUAUGCAACCUGACCUCAAGCACCGGACGUGGAUGGAGACAGCAAAGACGAUACCGUGUGGAGCGGCGCAUUAAAAGGGAAAUGUGUCCAGAUUUAA